CCGGGUCGCAGUUCCGAAUGAGCCACCGUACCGAACGGAUCGUUUAGUGCGGACUGGGCCAACAGGAUAUAUACCGUGACAGUGACAAGGCGGGAAGUGUGCGGAAAGUGCAUUCGGCGUAGCAGCGCUCAGCCCACAGCGACACCGAGGACACACGCCGGAACCGGAGACCAAAACAAAAACGAAAAGGAAAUUCAACACGGCGAAGGUGAACUGCUAUCACCGUCCAACCGACCAACCAUGAAGAUGCAGUGGACGUCCGUGUGGGGCUUCGUGCGCCGCAACCUGCUCACCACCCUGACCAUUCUCGGCGUGAUCGUGGGAAUUGCGCUCGGCAUGGGAUUGCGAGCCGUGCCGGAUGAGGGCGAUAGCUGGGCCCAGCGUGACGUUGCCUACAUCAACUACGUCGGCGAUCUGUUCCUGAGGACGCUGAAGGCUCUGAUCCUUCCGCUGAUCGUAUCGUCACUGAUCGCUGCCGUCGGUUCGCUUGAUCUUUCACUGUCGAAAAAGAUUGGUGGUCGAGCGGUUCUCUACUACCUGGCGACCACUGUCCUUGCCGUAAUUCUAGGCAUUGUGCUCGUUGUGACCAUAAAGCCCGGCUCGGAUCGUGAAAGUGGUGAGGUGGAGGCGGACGGUAUCCAGUCGCGCAAUGUCACCACCGUCGACACACUGCUCGACCUGGUGCGGAACAUGUUCCCGCCCAAUCUCGUACAGGCCUGCACCCAACAGUACCAAACCGUCCUGAAACCGCCUGCAUCGAAUCCAACCGAACCUGACAUUUACCGGUGGACGAUUACGGGCGUCUACGCGGACGGUAUGAACAUUCUCGGGCUGGUCGUAGCGUCGAUCGUGUUCGGGGUGGCACUCGGCGCGACCAAGCGCGAGAAUGCGCUGGUGCUCCAGUUUUUCCAGCAGCUGUCCCACAUCGUGAUGAAGGUCACCGGUUGGGUGAUUUGGCUGUCACCGGUCGGUGUGACCUUCUUGAUUGCGGCAAAAAUUUUGGAAAUUGAAGACCUUGGCGAGGUGUUCGGUAAGCUGGGGCUGUACUUUGCGGUCGUGGCGGGCGGCAUUCUGUUCCACGGGUUCGUCGUGCUGUCGUUGCUGUUCUUUUUGUUCACGCGUAAAAAUCCGCUCCGGUUUAUUGCGAACAUGGGGCAGGCGCUGGCCACUGCCUUCGGUACUUCGUCCAGUUCGGCCACACUGCCCGUUACGAUGCAGUGUUUGGAGGAGAAGAAUCACGUCGAUCCACGCGUUUCGCGGUUUGUGUUACCGAUCGGUGCGACGAUCAACAUGGAUGGUACGGCGUUGUAUGAAGCGGUGGCCGCCAUCUUCAUUGCUCAGCUACGUGGACUUUCGCUCUCCUUCGGUAAUGUGCUGGCUAUUAGUAUAACGGCCACGGCCGCUAGUAUUGGAGCUGCAGGAAUUCCUCAGGCAGGUCUGGUGACUCUCGUGAUGGUGCUUGACACCGUUGGACUACCGGCCGAAGACGUUUCCCUCAUCAUUGCUGUCGACUGGCUACUCGAUCGCUUCCGGACACUCGUCAACGUGCUCGGAGACAGCUUCGGGGCGGCCAUCGUGUACCACUACAGCAAGGCAGAACUGCAAGACACGAAAAACGCUGAAGCAGGACUGACAGGCACGACGCAACUCCCGCCGGACACGGAUCCUGAGAUGGUGUUCCACACUGACACGAUACUUGCCACCGGAGACGAGCGCAUUAUCGACAAGAACAGUCGGCUGUAGGAAGGUUGGAAGAGGGCCUCUCCAUUUCGGAGAGGGCAAGAUUCCCAUUCCAUGGUGCUAUUGGUACGUUACAUUUACGCUGCUACUUCAAGAAUUGCGGAUGUACCGCAAUUUUAUGGCGAACGGGUCGGAGGCGCUAGCGUUGUCGGAAAUUGAACGCCGUCCCUGUUAUCUGAUCAUCGUAUCCGUACGAAUUUAUUACCGACUUGACUGAGGUGAUACACACACACAAUUGUUUAUUUGGCGUGUUGUUUUGUUUAAACUCAAACUUUUAUACAAACUGCUGAUAGCUGAUAAGAUAGAUGAAUAAGGCAAUUAGAGGCGCGUUUAUCGUUUUGUAAACCCAUAUAGUGCGACCCGAUAUCGUUACCAUAGCACAAAAAACCACACGCGGAGCAAACGGUUGUAAAAGCAUUCGGCUUUCCAAAACAGCUAAAUUUCUAUUAGUGGUAAUCAAUGGUCUGGCAGGGAUUAGUGGCACAGUGCCCAGUGUACACUUCCUGCCCUAACCAGCUCCGAUAAGAUAGAUAACUCCAUCCCCAUGAUUGUGAACGAUCCGGGAGCGUCGGUGCUUCUUGCUAUCGGCCAUCGUUUGUGGUCCUUAUUUUUGUAAGUGCUACAUCCAUAAAAAUGAUACCUUAAAUACACUUCAACAUUAAGUGACUAUCCA